AGGGCCGCCGUCCUGUCCCGUCCCGUCCUGUCUGUCCCUUUUUGCCCACGUCUUCCCACCCGACUCCGUCCUCCUCUCCUCCGCCUCCUUCUUCUCUCCAUCGCCAUCCGCCAUUCUGCACCACCGACCCUCCCCCCCCGGGCCUCUUUUCUUUCCUUUCACGUCACUCUCUUGUUAUUCCAAAGCCAUUACGGUACCCGUCACUCCUUCCGGGACCUAUACAUUCAUUCGGCUCGUCCCGCAGCCCAGUAAUCCACGCCGCCAAUUCUCGAAUUCGACCACACACGGCCGACCGACACUCACGACGUCGCUGCGCAUCUUGUUCCUUGUCCUCUCCUUUGGACCAGGACCGACACUCAUUUCCCACCCUCGAGCUCAAUCCAACUUUGCUACUUUCCCUAUUCUUACCUUGCCUUUGGACAGUCUUCGGCGUGCUUGCAUCCUGCUCCUCCGUUCACCGCGCUGGCCCACAAACCACAUUUCGGACGUUCGAUCCAACCGCGAGACCGUCGACCGUUGCACCUACCCACCCCCCGCAGGCGUUGGCUCAACGACCACUCGAGGCACCCGAGGCGCACGUCCGCCUCUGCUGUGCUGAGAUUUCAAGAUCAGGGUCCGCGCCCCGUGGGAGGACAUUCGUUGUUGAGUGACUGGUCAGCAUCGCUGAGCAAUGGCAACCGAGAUCGAGCAGCCCAUGGCCCUUGGCCGGGGGGGAUCGAUUCCCAGCGCCGGCACGACGCCGACCUCUGCCACGGCCACGACCCCCAACGCGCACAUGAAGCAGUCCCCAACCCAAUCCAUCUCGAGCGCCAGCGGCCAGUCAUCCGCCUCGAAGCGCCCUCCGCGAAAGAGCACCUUGACUCAGCAGCAAAAGAACCAAAAGCGGCAGAGGGCCACGCAAGAUCAGCUAGGCGUUCUCGAGGUUGAGUUCAACAAGAAUCCGACGCCGACCGCUAAUGUCCGGGAGAGGAUCGCGGAGCAGAUCAAUAUGACUGAGAGAUCCGUUCAGAUCUGGUUCCAGAACAGGCGCGCCAAGAUCAAGCUGCUGGCGAAGAAGAGCCUGGAGACGGGUGAAGACAUCGAUUCUAUUCCCGAAUCGAUGCGAGCAUAUCUGGCGAUGCAGGCCAUGGAGUCUGGCAAAGGUCUUGGCGGAAGCUACCUCGGCCGCACCGGACUGCUACCCUUUGGCCACGGUGGCAUGCUUCUCGGCGAUCAGGGCGCGCAAGGCAAAGUUUUGAUCCAUCAUCUGACCUGCCGGUCGCUCAGCAUCGGAAAGUGGACUCGUGUCGGUCAAAACACCAUGGACCUCAUCAUCUUCUACUCGCCCGACAAGUGCACCAUGACCUACUACAUUAAUAGCGACCAGGCCGGAUACAAGAUUGAGUACCCCUUCUCGUACAUUAAGAACAUCUGGCUCGAGAACAACGAGGGCGACCAGAACAAGCUUGGCGGCAUCGUCAUCGAGCUCAAUCGCCCUCCGCACUUCUUCAUGGACUCGUCGUGUCAGACCAACGGUUUCCUCCAGGUCGGCGACUUCACUGAGGACCUGCAGGCUUCACAAUGCAUGAUCCAUCAUCUUGGCGGCAACCCCAAGGUCCUGACGAACCAAUUGGCCAAGCUCGUUUCCCUCGAGUCCUUCAUGAACCGCCACAACCCACUCUCCUACGGCGAUCCCCACGCAAUCUCGGUGUCUGCCCCGGUUUCGCCCACCGCCCGGCCGUCGUCGCAGCCCAGCUUCCCACAGGCCCACGGAGGCAUGCCGCAGGAUCACUGGGGCCUUGGCCAGAUGCAUUCGGGCAUGCGCAUGCCCCAGGGGCACAAGCGACAGCGCAGCCGUUCCGUGCCUGGACCGAUUGACUUUGCCAUGUUCCAGAGCCAACCGAUGCCGUCCUUUUAUAUUCAGCCCCCUGGCGAGAUGGGGCCCCCUCAACAUAACCCCAACAUCUACGCGCCUGUCCCGCAGCAGCCCAGCGGCAUGGGAAGCAACCUCCGUAUCGACACGCAGGCCGGCUUCGGGCUCGACAUGCGGCAGUACCCGAUGUCUGCCACAACGGCUUCGCCUUCGGAGUUUCCCCCGAGCCCCGGAUACUUUCAGCCGGAGCCGAACAUGCCUACUUCCAGCUUCGGCACGCCCUACGGCGGCGCAUUCCUGUCGCCGAUGGUGAACGCGGACAAUGGUGGAGCCGCUGCCGUGUCGCCACUUCCCUUCGGCGGUCCGUCUGAGCCGUCCAUUGUUGAACAGUCCCCGCCAAUGUCGAUGAUGGGCCGCCCCGGCUCUGCCGAGUUGUACACGGGUCACGAAGGCUCAUGCGCCGUCUCGGAAGACGGUCACAGCCUCAACGAGAUGUACUCAAAACACACCAUCAAUUUGCCGAUGCACACGCCGUCCCCGGGCACCUUUGUCCAGCCAUCGCAGCACGGCGAACUGGACAUGGACCAAUUGGUGCAGUUCGAUGCCGUCGACCACGCGAGCCUGUCGCCAGAGACGGUGCCCCCGACCACAUGAAGGCACCAAGCAGGGGGCAGCGACGCCUCCGCACCUCGUUUCACUGGCGAUCAAAAGCAUUCACUCCUGGGGACUUGAUGCACUUCGAAGGCGUUAUUGUUAGGCAGCAGCUGAUACCACGGGCUUAUCGAGUUUUGUCUUGUUGUUGGAUGCAAAGACCACGUCGGGCACCGCUCUCUCGGCGCUCGGCUCGCACUGGGAGUAGCUUCGUCGGUCCGAACCUACCCUCCUCCUCCACCUCCUCUGGCUUCGUGCGCGCGAGCCAUAACGAAUUUGGCAUGACGAUACUUCACAUCGACGACAUCGGUCAUGCAUGUCCGGCACAGCGAUCGUGCUUGUUUGUUUACCAGUACUGCUUCGCGGGAUACAGUCUGUUGUUGUCGGCCCGGGACACGGGCCCGGGGCGGACCGCGAGCAAACAUUGUUAUCUGGUGGCCCAUUGCAAAUUUCUUUUCUAGCUCUUGAAUGUUUCUUUGUCGAUUCGUCCAGCUUCUUGUUUUUGCUGACCCAUUGUCACGGGUCGUUCUGUGUCGCGCGGGCCGUGCCUAGCCACCACGCGGCCCGCCGAGACCUAAUUCUACUCAUGCAUAUUUCUUUCUUUCUCGAGUAAUAGGGCAGUUUCCGGUCUUCGCCGUCGUCACUCUGUGUUUUUCUUUCUUUUUCUUUUUCAAACUUGUGUGUGUGCGCGCGGAUGACUUGGGGGGUUUUCUUGAAUGGGGAAGCGAGCCCUGGAGGCUUGGCCAGGUUCACUGGGAAUUCUACGGUCGUUAAUGGCGGGAGGAGCUCGGGGGAACUAGAGCAAUUCAUGCAUGCUAUUCUGCGGCCAUGGGGAGUAUGGGGAGUCGUCCAGGCUUCCGGAAAGGUCUUGGGGAGACUGGAAAUCUAUUGCGCGCCGAUGGACGCCCCGAGAAGCGGGGUGUCUGGCGCUGCUUUGCCGAGAGGGAUAGUACACGCCUGGCCGACUCGGACGGGGACAGCUAGCUAGCAAUGGAUUCCACGUCCCAAGUUUUAAGCUGCGUCUGAUGUCACUGGCAACAUGGGACUCCGACUCGGGAGCCGCUCAUGCCGUUGAUCCUUGCCCGUUCGGCAUAUGUGAGCGACCCGGUUUAUUUCUCUGCACUGCUGGACGG